CUUUGCUUAGUUUAUACACCUGCGAGUCUGCGACUUCUCGAGCCGGGUGACGGAGGCGACUCGCCCUGGGGGGUUUUGCAUCUUCUCACGAGCCGUCACUUUUUUUUCCCCUCUCGCGGAAGUAUCUUCUCCAACCUCCGAGUGUCAAAGCCUCUAUCACUCUGCUUCGCUCUUGGUUUCGGGGAUCGAAGGCAGGAGAGGAGCCAUGAGCAACGAAUUUGACUACCUGUUCAAGCUUCUCCUGAUCGGCGACUCCUCCGUCGGCAAGUCCUGCUUCCUCCUCCGGUUCGCUGACGACUCCUACGUCGACAGCUACAUCAGCACCAUCGGUGUUGACUUUAAAAUUCGCACCAUUGAGAUGGAUGGGAAGACCAUUAAGCUGCAGAUUUGGGACACAGCAGGGCAGGAGCGAUUCAGAACAAUUACAAGCAGCUACUACCGUGGAGCUCAUGGGAUAAUUAUCGUUUACGACAUCACGGACGUGGAGAGCUUCAACAAUGUCAAGCAGUGGUUGAGCGAGAUUGACAGAUACGCCAACGACAGUGUAUGCAAGCUUCUCGUGGGCAACAAGUGCGAUCUGGCUGAGAGCAGAGCUGUUGAAACUGCAGUAGCACAGGCUUUUGCUGAUGAGAUAGGCAUUCCGUUCCUGGAAACAAGUGCUAAGGAAUCCAUCAACGUGGAGGAAGCUUUCUUGGCGAUGUCUGCAGCGAUCAAGAAAAGCAAAGCUGGGAAUCAGGCAGCCUUGGAGAGGAAACCCUCCAAUCUAGUUCAGAUGAAAGGUCAGCCAAUUCAGCAGCAGCAACAGCAGCAGAAGAGCAGAUGCUGUUCGACAUGAAGGCACAACGACCCUGUCUUGGUUUCUUACAGGAAUCAGGAAGAUGGUGUAUCUGCUAUAUGUGUUUCUCUGCCUGAUCUUUUAUCAUCAGACACUUACAGAGUUGGAAAGUGUACUAGGAAGAAACUCGAGAUAUUUAGGUGCUGCAAACAUAUAUCGUAAUCCGAGUCAGAACUACAAGUGCCAAAUUUUGGUAUUGCAUUCGUAGAGUUCUAUCAUAUUAUACAGAGCAA